UGUGUGAGACCGUUAAUCCACCAGGAUUGCCCUUAUCCGAUACGCUGCGCCGCUGUCGGCCAAAGCGUCACUGCCCCACCGAUCUGCAUGCGGCAAGCGUCGGCACAAGCAGCACUGCUACCGUCAAAAUGAAGACUGCGGUUCUGUGCUUCGUCCUGGCCUUGGCGGGGAUACGCCAAGGGGAUGCCAUCACGGCGGGUUCAGUCGUCAAAAUAGAGGAUCACCCAUACCAGGUCGCCAUUGACUAUUACACGAAGCCGGCCUCGGCCGAGGACGACGACCCAUCCCACGUGACCGUCUCGACCAGCAGCGGGGCGCUGAUCACGGACAAGACCGUCAUCACCUCCGGCAGCAGCCUCGUGGACGACAAGAAGACCGUGGACCUGAAGCAGCUCGUGGUGCGCGUCGGCGCCCAGCGGCGGGACGCGGGUGGCGCCAGCUACAAGGUGGUCGACUACCUGCUGCACCCGGCGUACCAGCACUCCUGGACCAUCGACGGCGACGUCCUGCUCCUGUACCUCGGCGAGCAGGUGCCGACGCGACCCGAGACGCGCCCCGUGCCCCUGGCCGACCCCAGCAGGACCCUGGUCCCCGGCGAGAGGCUGGUGCUCACCGGCUACGGCAACUUGACGGAAGGCGAGGUGCUGGCCGACGGCGAGGUGCGCCAGCUGCAGGCCGCGGCGCUGCCCUUUGUGAACCAGGAGAUCUGCGGGGACAUCUGGGGCUUCUACGGGACGACCACCGUGCGCGCGUGCGCCGGCGGGCUGGCGAAGGACGCGUGUGGCCAGGGCGACCAAGGCGCCCCAUUGGUCAACUGGCGCGGCGAGCUGGUGGGCGUGGCCAGCCCCCAGCUGGAGGGAGAGUGCGGCGUGCUGGGCCAGCCCACCGUGUUCACCAGCCUGCUCACGGCCGACAUGCAGCAGUGGAUCAAAAGCAACGCCAACGGCAAGCAGCCCGAGCCGACCUCAACUCCAGUCCCGUCUGUGGUGGGCGCCCGGCACCUCUGGCAUCCUCAGCGCCGCCCGCAGCAGUAGCGCGGCGCCACUCCGCGCGCGCGGAGCCGCUAGGGGGCCGGCGGGCCGCGGCGGGCGCUACCCCCGGGCCAAAACCAGGCGUAGGGCCCACUGCUCGUCACGACCAGCGGAAGUAUAUCGAUGCAAGACACCGGAACUCACGUGAUCGUGUCCGAAACUAGUGGAUGGGUCUCCGCCUCCGCUUCUCAAACCAUCGGCAAAUAACAAAACGAUGAAGGAUGGUGGCAAAAGAUUUUUAUUAACAACCACGGUAAAUUAUUUAUAACUAAUAAUGUACAAAACACAACGGAUUAAAAACAAAAUAUGGGA